AUGAAAAGUUUUAUUUUACUUAUAACAAUUAUUGUUCUUCAAAAUGUAUGGGUCAGAAUAAACGCCGAGACAUUAAAUACUUCUGUGCUUGGAAUAGCACCAUGUAUGUAUGCAGGUGAUUUUGAUAAGUAUGGAACAUUCUGUCCAUAUGAUCCCAUGCCAUUAGAUUGGAUACCAAAAGAGUGUACAUCAUUCGUUUACGAUGGCUUAAUUUGUCAUCCUGAUUUCACUUUUAGUUUUUCUGAAAAAGAUGAAAGAAACGUGAUAGCUCUUGGAUCUUCUGAUAAGCCGUUGUAUUUAUAUUAUGGUUAUGAAACCACCAAAGCUUGGAUAGAAGCAAUGAAUGGUUCAAAUACAAAAAAUGAAGCAGAAAGUUUACACAAUUUUUUAAGUGGUUAUAAUGUAGUAGGAUUAAUACUAAAGAAUUUAAACUACGAUUAUAGUAGUAAUUUAGAUUAUCAUUUUGAUGAAUCGUUUUACGACAAUUUCCAACAGUAUAUUACAACAAUGAGAACAAUAAAUUGCAAUUUGACCAUUGGAUUAUAUAUCAAUGCAAGGAACAUGAUAUUUUAUACAAAUAACCAAAUGUCUCCAGAUUGGUUUAAAUUUUUAAUAUUAAAUUAUAUUAUGGAUUUUUACAUAAUUGGUUUUGAUAAGUUUAAUCCGUGCAAUGAAUUUUUUAAAAACGGAAUUGCGCCAAAUGAUAAUGUUUUACAAUACAACAAUUCCUUGUCAUCAUUUGCAGCCGCUCUGAGGUUUUCACCUAUUGCAAAGGGCAAAAUAUAUCUUGAAUUUUCAGCAAGUCCUACAGUUAAUGACUCAACAACUGAAGAUCUACCCACGUGUUGUGUGACAUAUAAAAAAUAUUGUGAAGAUGACCACUAUAAUCUUUAUUGGUGUGCUGAUAAUUCAGAUGCAUUCUAUGACAAAGGUAAAUUUGCAAGAGAAAUAAAAGCACAAGGAUUCGUAACAAAGUAUAUUGAUACAAUCGACCCCACUACAAAAUGUAAAUGUAAUUCAGAUAAGUUUAUAACCUUUUCGAUGAUGUUACGAGGUUUCUUAUGUGAAGCCCCUAUCACGGAUUGUACUAAGUUAAAUAGUAUUACCUAG